GGCACAGGCACAUACACACUCACUCUCUCACCUCGGACCAUCCGUCUUUCAAAAUCAACAACCUGAUUGAUGCUAUCUUCUUGGCCCCCCUCCCAUCUAGAACUGCUUACGCAUUGCAGUGUUCUCCCACUUCCGUGUGCGUUCCCUUUCUCUCCCUCCGGAACUCGCAUCCCUUCUCUGCAGACCGGCUAGAACGCCCCCUUUCGUUCCCAGUCGCUUGCUGACCUCUCAUUCUGUCUCCUACCUUCUAUCCCCCCUCUCUCUGUCGCACACACACACAUACACACACACACACACUCUCUCUCUCUCUCUCUCUCUCUCUCUCUCUCUCUCUCUCUCUCUCUCUCUCUGAUACUUCACCUUUACCGACGAACGACGGACGACGUUAGCUUGAUUCCUUGCAUCCCCCCUUCCACUUUUUCUUAUCAUUUACCGCGCCCUUCCCCCCCCAAUUUCAUUCGGGAACCUACACUUGAACCGAGCCCAUCCAUCAAUUUGAGACCAUCCCAUCCGUUCCGUUUCGGUCGGUCGCCAUUCAUUUUUCAGCUUUCCACAUCCGAACCCUGCAACUCUUGUUUCUUUCCGCCCUUCCGUCAACACAACUCAAGGAAACCGCCGACUAUUCUUCUCCUCUCGCCUUCCGUGGCCAACUUACCGGCCGUCAACGAGGCCGCGUUUUCGCUUUGCUCCACGCAACCAACCUAGACUGUUGUUGGAUCAUUACUGCUAGCCCUCAUACAAAUACUCUCUCCAACUGUCUCCUCUCGUCUAUUGCUAGACACAAAUAUCCAAGCAGGGCACAGUGUCUUCUCCGUCACGCCACCCUAGGGAGAUGACCGACGAGUUGUGAGCGAAAAAGGCGGAACUCGGCCACAUCAAAUCUCAUUUGCAGCCAAGGCAUCCUUUUUUCCGUUCUUCACUCACACAUACUCUUUCGCCCACUCACACCCUUGAGAGCCCGACCGUCCAGCAACCUUUAAAACUUCUCCCUCCCGCACAUAUUCCUUACCUGCACUCUUCUACUCCCUUCUGUUCUUCUCAGCGCCUCUCCUUCUCCGGCUCUCCAUCAACCUUCCUCGAACGUGGGCUUGUGCGAGGCAAUUCGGAAAGGGAGAAGAAAGAAAAUUAAGACCCGAGUGUUGUUUCCCUCUUUCCACACUCUGGCCGCCAAAUUCUUGUUGCUCUUCAUUUCGCCUCCACCAAGCCCAUACCAGCCCAGUCUUUGUCCAGUCCAUCCUUCUGCCCUGUCUCACAAAUCAAUCAUCGGCUGGUCGGCAGUCUCGCACCCCAUCAACCAGACACGUACACCCGGCUAGCUAUCUACGCUAUUUUGCUCAGCUCGGCUCUGGUCUAUUGAAACCUACCAUCUCAUCCACCGACUUUUCUCUCUUCUCUUUGCGAGUUUCAUCAACCCUCUAUUGACUCUUUCCCCUCCUAUCCCCCCGCCACCAAACCUGUCAGAGCCAACAGAAUUGGACACGCCGGGAAAGUAUGAAGACUCAACGGGCGGCAACCAAGGCCGUCACGGUCAAGAAGCGCGGCAACAACAAACCCAAGGGCGCCGCCCCCGCCUACAAGAUCGACAACCCCAAUCCCCCGGAGAACCCAACUCUUGAGGAAAUCAAGCACGCCGUCGGCCUCCAGGAACUCGAGGAACGCGUCAAGGAUGCCAAGGAGUCAGCAUGGGAGACGGACUCGCUUCUGGAAGAUGCCAUCGCUGAGAUGGGCGAUGCGAAACUCUCCUCGGAUGAUCCUGACAGCUGCACGCCUGACGAGGCCAUGGGUCUGCGCCACCAACUCAGAGCCCUUGGUCCCGCGGAAUUCUGUAGAAGAACUGUCGAUGCCGGCCGCUACACGGCCAAGAAGCUGUUGUCAGCUUUUGGCCUCAAGCCGCCCGCCUUCCUUGAGGGCGCCGAAGACGAGGCCUACUUCAGUCUCUUGUCGCUGGCCAUCAGCAGAGAGUUGUCCAAGCGUGCCAAGCUGUUCCGCUACAACACGGUUGACGACGCCGUUGAGCUGCUGCAGCGGAGCAAAAACAUCAUCGUCCUCACCGGCGCCGGUAUCUCGACCUCGCUUGGCAUCCCUGACUUCCGCUCAAAGGGCGGCCUUUACUCGCAGCUCGAGCACCUGGGACUAAACGACCCGCAAGAGGUGUUUGACAUUUCCGUCUUUAAGCAAGACCCGACCAUUUUCUACACCGUCGCCAAGGACAUCCUGCCCUCCACCAACCGCUUCACGCCAACUCACGCCUUUAUCUCGAUGCUCGAGAAGCAGGGCAAGCUGCUCACCAACUACACGCAAAACAUUGACAACCUCGAAGCCAAGGCCGGCAUCUCGCCUGACAAGCUCAUCCAGUGCCAUGGCUCGUUUGCCACCGCUACGUGCGUUCAGUGCCGCUUCAAGUGCGUUGGUGAGGACAUCUUCCCCGACAUCAAGGCUGGCAAGAUCCCGCGCUGCCCGCGCUGCAUCCAGAACCUCCGACCCAACGGCAGCACGAAGCGCAAGCGGUCGGCGGGUACAGAGCGCAAGCGCCGCAGGUUUAGCUCCGACGACUCGGUGUCGGACGGCGAGUAUGAUAUGCCUAGCGCGGGCGUCAUGAAGCCAGACAUCACCUUCUUUGGCGAGGCGUUGCCCGACGAGUUCAGCAGACGCCUGACGGAACACGACCGUGACAAGGCGGACCUUGUCAUCGUCAUCGGCACGAGUCUGAAGGUGACACCGGUGUCGGAAAUAGUGAGCUGGCUGCCGGCCAAUAUCCCCCAGAUCUACAUCUCGCGACAGGCUGUCAACCAUAUCAACUUCGACAUCGACCUGCUCGGCGAUUGCGACAUCGUCGUCUCGGAGCUUUGCCGCCGUGCCGGCUGGCCGCUAGAGCACGAGAUGGUCCCCGAGGGCCAGGUCGUCGAUGUGAAGCCCGACGGCGGAUGCGUCAGCAGGCAUGUCUUUGAGGUAGUGAACCCUCGACCCCAGCCUCCGCUUCUGUCUCAGCCUCAAACUCAGCAGUCGAACGAUUCUAAACAACGACGGCCGCGAGUGAUCAAGAUGGAGCAUGGUACUGCAAAGCCGAAGAAGGAGCCCAGAAAGCCCAGAAAAUCUGCCUGAGCCCGAACUUUUUUGUUGUGUAUGCGAUGGGGAUGUUUCUGAGACGGCGACAGUCUGACGACGAUAACUUCUUGGUUCGAUUUUCCUUCUUCCUCUUCUUCGUCCUUCGUUGUUUCGACAUUACAGAUACCCCCCACUCAGGCGUGGAUUGAUCUCAGAGCGCGCUUCAGGCGGUCCUCUUUUUGAUGGGUUGGGCUGGGCUGGGCUGGUACACUCAGCCAUUCCCACCCACCACGCCAAAACUUUGAUUCGACAAACCGCCCCAAACUGAAAGCCCAAAGCCCCCAAAGCCCAGGACGGAACGGAACUCUUACCGGUGGCAGCGACGAAUGCGUCAACGGGCUUGUGGCUGUGGGCCAUCGCACACACGUCGCACCCGCUUGGUCAUUUCCUGCACAGCAUGUCAAGGAGAGGGAAAGGCCUGGCAGAAGAAGCCUGGGCAGAAAUUGGUUCCCCACCGCCACGGCACACUAUCGCGGCUGAGAAAGAGUUGCGGUCUGAGGGACAAAACACAUACACACACACACACACACACACACGCCCGCCCGCGUUGGCGCCAUCAAACCCGACUAGUCAUUUUCGUCUCACGACUUGCGGUUUCCUCCUCCUCGCAUGCGACGAGAGUGUUUUCUAAUUCAACCGAGACAUCGUCUUUUCCCCCGUCCUUUUUUUUUUUUGUUUCAUUGCCAAGUGCAGGCGGAGAGAAGGGUCGACACAGAAGGUUUGUAGACUUGGGAAAGGAAAAAAAUUGGCGUCAUCGGGGUUUUCAUCUGGGUUUUCUAUCUUUCUGUGUGUUUCGGAGAGCCUGUUUUUGUUUUGUUCACUUUUUGCUCCCAGCUAGCCACCCCUCUGCUUUCCUUUUGCUGAAAUACUCAAACCCCCGGCAGAGGUUUCCUAAUUUUCCUUUUCUGGUCAGCGCUCAACAAACAUUUCGUUGUGCUCGCGAAGGUAUAGAGCCGUAACUGAAGGACAGGCUUCUUCGAUAAGCUGCCUGAAUAGACGACCAUGAAACUUUUCAUUUACACAAAGGAAACGGAAAACUUCCCGACUCGUGACUGUGAAGCAUGCCCAAUUAUCAGAGUAAUAUGCAUAGCGGCAUAGGAUGAAAAGUUCACUUGGCGAUGACUCAACCCCGGACGGAAAACGCUUCAUUGGGUCGUCGUUUCCCUCCGUCUUACGUGUACCCAACCCAUUGUCCGAGAAUCCAUAUGCAGAGCGCUCCAACGCUAGCUAAUCUGACGGUUCCGGGCUACACAAGUCCGCAUUUCCGCCUCAUACAAUCCUGCCCGAGGAGGCUUCGCGUGGUUGAUGGUGAAAGCUGGAUAAAAAUGUAUGCUCUGAUGCUUGGCGGGAGAGGCUCUGAACGCGAUGCUCAAGCCUAGAGUCGAGCGCGCGUUUCCACGUGAAACUAUGAUGCCUGUGAAUCCUGGUGGCGGGGCGGAGUUUUGGCUAGCCCCGGAGGAAUUCGCACUCGGGCUUGUC